AUGAUACCUGUUUACCCUCAAAAUGUUAACUUCUAGAUGGUUCCUAUGAACUAAUAGAUGUACCCAUAGAUUCCUACUUCUUAAGCUAACUCCCAGGAAAGAGAAGUUGAAAACUCAGCAUCACUUUUAAUGAGAGGAUCUUAGAAUUUGAGUGUCGAAAGAGAUGAGCAAUGCUUCUAAUGCUAUUGGGAUUUCAGAGAUAUUAAAUAUAGAUCUCAAUAAUUAGGUGAACAUAAAGUAAGACGUUUCUAGCCUAACUAUUUUAACGCAUGCUUUUGCUGGCCAUGCAAAAUAUGCUGCUGCACAUUCAAUAUUCCCCCAUUUAUCUCUAAUGAUAUUAUAUUCUAAGAAGGAGUAUAAAUCAAAUUUGCUAACAAAUACCACGGUUCAGUUUUUGCAAAAGGUAUUUGUAUAGGUACUUAUGAACUUUAGGAACCUGGCUAAUGCUGUGCUUUGCUUAUUUGUUCUUAACCUAAAGUUGUAAUUACAAAGGCUGUUACUAAUGAAUAAAUCACUUUAAGACCAAACGACAGUAUCUGCACAGGAUUUAUUGAAAGAUUUUUUGGUUGUUUCAUUAAAGCUAAAGAAAUGUACGUUGAAAAGAAUGGAUAAACCUUGAAUGGUACUUACUCAAGAAGCUGUUUCAGAGCUCUUUUUAACUAUUUUAUCUGCAACUUCCACUUGUACGAUAAAUUAGACUUAGACUUCUAAACUUUCAUAAAGAGCGAUGCUGACAAAAUACUUAUAUAUGGUGCUUUCUUAUUGCUUUAAGAAAAUACAAACUGCUUCAGAGGUUGUUUCUGCUGA